AUGAUUUUUCCACGAAGAAUUAUUGUCCUUACGUUUUACACGUCACUGACUAUCGGAGCAACGGCACAGUACGCAUCACCUCAACAUAUCAGGAGCUCUGGUGAUCCUCAGACAGUCGCUAUCAACUGGACAGAUGCAUCCAACGAUUUGGGCAGACCUGGUUCUUACGGAACGCUGGCUGUUCCCCUCGACUACAAUUCGCCACAAUCGGAGAACAACACGCUCAUUCUCGAUAUCUUGAAAGUUGAUGCGACGAAAGAGCCUAGGUUAGGGAGCGUCUUGACGAACUGGGGAGGGCCCGGGUUGGAUGCGAUGUCUUGGCUGUCUUCCCAGGCUCGUUACGUCCUCGCUAUGACGGGCGGACAGUAUGACAUCAUUGGUCCUGACCCGCGAGGCACAGGAAAGACGUUGUCCGUCGACUGCUACAAAGAUUCGGAGGAACGAACGCGUGCCUGGUUACUAACACCCGCGAGUACUAAUUCAUCUGACGCAGCAUUGGGUGCUGCUUGGUCGUACAACGAACAGUUCGCACAACAUUGCUUCCAGAACGAAAGGGUGGCUGGAUCUGUGAUGAGCACAGCGUUCGUUGCCAGAGACUUUAUGAAGAUAGUCGAUGCCCUUACUUUAGAAGGCGAAGACGGGCUGCUGCGGUACUGGGGGAUAUCAUACGGCACAUAUCUCGGGCAGAUUCUCGCUGCUAUGUUCCCAGACAAGGUCGAAAGAAUGAUGCUUGACGGAGUUCUCAACCCGCUCGAAUAUCAGCAAGGAUGGGAGACGGGCCCAUCUGUCUCAGCAUCAGUAAGCUUAAAAGAAUUCACAAAGCAGUGCAUCGAUGCUGGGCCCGUCUGUGCCCUAUUCCGCCCCAAUAUCUCCGCGAAUGCAUUAUACAAACGAAUUCAGGAUCUAAAAGAGAGUGCUAAACACGUCCCGAUCGUCAUGGGUCCUAACAUCACGACCGAUAUUGUCACCUACGACGAAAUCGCAGAGGCCAGUGAUACAGCGCUUCGUUCUGGUCUAGCUUUCGGGCCUUACUUGGCUGGCUAUCUCAACAGUAUCAUGAUCCGCGAUACUUCCGAAUAUAACCACACCCAGUAUGUGGCGAACCGAUCAAUGAUUGUGCGGGACAAUACGUUCAAUGCAGACAGUACGCAACUCAUUCGUUGCUCUGACGCCAUGCUACGUGCUGAAGAGCUCGCCGAUAUCGAGCACCACGUCCAAAAUCUAACGGACUUGGGUGAUUGGAACAGUGAUUACAUCAUAAGCUCGUACAUGCUAUGUUCACAGUGGAAGAUCCAGGCAAAAGAACGCUACGAGGGUGAUUUUAGAGCGAAAACGAGAAAUCCCGUACUACUCAUCGGUUCGCCAUAUGACGGUCGCACUCCAAUCUCUGGGGCGUUUGCAGCGAACAAGACUCUUGAAGGAAGUGUGGUACUACAACACAACGGUCUGGGGCAUACUGUCAUGUAUAGCCCGGGGAUCUGCGCGAUCGCUGCUAGCGCUGAUCAUUUCGUAAAUGGAACUAUGCCCAAAGAAGGUACUGUCUGUGAGCAAGACUUCACAUCCUUCUCUGGAAAAGGCAUGUCUGAUACUCUCGACUUACUCGGAGAGUUUUGA